CAAAGCCACAACACUGAAUAGCGAAAUAGUCUCAGCACCUGGACAAAAGGUCACACUCAUGUACGAGCUUCAAAAGAACUGGACAGCGCAACAAGUCACAUGGGAAAGAGUCCAGGCCCAGCAGAUCGACGUCCUCUCUCUGUGCAACCUGUCCCAAGGAAGGAAUUACACAUCCAAGUACCUGCGGGAGUUGUGGAGCACUUGCAGCCAGGGAAGCAGAACGAGCCUCCUCGUCCUCCCCGGGGUCCUCCCCACGGACUCGGGGAUCUACCGCUGCCGCUUCGAAUCCAGCACUGGAGAGAACGACACCUUCGCCAUUAGGCUGACAGUAACUGAUGGUAAAAGCAAUAUUCUCUUUGUGGCUGGAGGCACAGUGUUGUUGUUGCUUGCCAUCCUCAUUAUUCCCACCAUUUUCAUUUCUUGUAGAAGAUGGAGGAGACAGAGACAAGAAGUCAUGAUGUUCAGAGAAUCCAAGGACAUACAGAAUAAGGCAGCCAACAACUACAGAAGCCCGACCUCUACCAACGGUUCCAUGGAUGACGCAGGGGAUGAAAUUUACGUGAACUACCCAACCAUUCCUCGAAGACAGAAGACAACGGUCUAA